AUGACAUACACAUAUCUCUGCGGAUGUAGCUACUACACCCUCCCUCAAGCAAAGCCGGUCUACCUACCCCGUAUCGGCAUCAAAGCCCACGCAACUAUCCUCUCGUCCGUUUCCAGAACGGUCCUUACCCAGACAUACACAAACCCAUCCAAGAACCUCCUCGAAGAAGUCUCAUAUACCUUCCCGCUAUACGAUGGCGUCAGCAUAGUAAACUUCAACUGCCAGGUCGGCGACCGCACUCUGCACAGCCGCGUGAAACCACGCAAGCAAGCCAAGGCCGAAUACGACGAUGCCGUCUCAAAGGGCGAGUCCGCGGCGCUGAUGGCCCAUUCGCUGAGUGCCUCGGACGUAUUCUCCAUUAGACUUGGAAACGUCAGGGCUGGAGAGAAGGUUGUAGUAGAGAUUACCCUUGUCGGGGAGCUGAAGCAGGAUGCGCAGACUGAUGCGGUGCGGUAUACGCUGCCUAAUUCUAUUGCGCCGCGGUACGGGUAUCAGGCGGAGGAUAUGACCAUGCCGCCGGAGGCAAAUGUGGAGGGUAUUUCUAUUACUGUGGACGUGCAGAUGGAGAGUACGGCUGUUAUCCGGAAGAUCCAGUCGACGAGUCAUUCGCUGAGUGUGGCGCUGGGACGGGUGUCGGUGUCUAGCGAGUCUGACAAGGCGUUCAAUCCGGCGCAGGCGUCUGCAAGUGUCAAUCUAAAGGAAGAUCGGACCUCGCUGUCGCGCGACUUUGUCCUCCUUGUCAAGGCAGAUGGACUCGACACGCCCCGUGCGAUGCUGGAGACGCACCCGACUCUCCCUAACCAACGGGCGAUCAUGACGACUCUUGUACCGAAAUUCGGGCUUGAGCCCAUCAAACCAGAGAUUAUCUUUGUGAUCGACCGCAGUGGAAGCAUGGUGGAGAAAAUCAACACGCUCAAGUCGGCCCUCAGGGUCUUUCUCAAGAGCCUCCCAGUAGGAGUGUGCUUCAAUAUCUGCUCGUUCGGCAGCUCGUACUCCUUUCUGUGGAAGCAGAGUCUUUUCUACAAUGCCGACAGCCUCCAGGAAGCUCUGAGCUUUGUCGACGGCGUCCGUGCGGAUAUGGGCGGAACGGAGAUGCAGGAGGCCGUUGAGGCUACGGUCCACAGUCGGAUGAGGGACAAGGAAUUGGAGGUCUUGAUAUUGACGGAUGGGCAAAUCUGGAACCAAGAAGCACUCUUCAAAUUCAUCCGUGAGACGGCCGCUGACAGUAGUGCACGGUUCUUCUCACUAGGAAUCGGUGAUGGGGCGUCGCAUUCGCUCGUCGAGGGGAUUGCGCGGGCUGGGAACGGCUUCUCGCAGUUGGUGGUGAACUACGAAGAGCUGGACAGGAAGGUGGUGCGCAUGCUCAAGGGAGCGCUGACGCCACAUAUUUCCGAUUACAAACUGGAUGUCGAGUACGAUGCCGAUGGCGAGGAUUUUGAGGUCGUUCUGCCGGAGCGGCUGAAGACCAUGGCUGUCGAUGAGACAGAAACAAAGCAACAGCCGAUUUCCCUCUUUGAUGCAGACUACAAGGAGGACGAGCAGAAGACGGACGAAGAACCCCUGCCGGUGCUCACACCCCCCCAAACCAUCCAAGCACCAUACAAAAUCCCACCUCUCUACCCUUUCAUCCGGACAACAGCAUACCUCCUGGGUUCAGAAACCAUGCACACCCCCAAAGCCCUCAUUUUCCGCGCCACUUCAAAGCAAGGUCCGCUCGUCCUGCGCAUUCCCAUCGACGAAAUCGGCACAGGGGAGACAAUCCACCAACUUGCCGUCCGAAAAGUCAUGAUCGAGCUCGAGGAAGGGCACGGUUGGCUUGCCCGCGCAACCAGCAACGGAAACCCAUUCAAGAAUCUCCAUCCUGCCUCGAAAGAACGCAUCAUCGCCCGUGAAUGCGAGAAACUCGGCACACAGUUCCAAGUAACCGGCAAGCACUCCUCCUUCGUCGCCCUAGAGAAAGACAGCACUUCGGAUCAGGAGAAAGAGAAGGACAUCGCCAACCUGCCUGUCCCCGAAGCUGCUGGAGAAGAAAAUACCGUCCAUCAGGUUUUCGGGGCACCCGGUCCUGUUCGCGCCAGAAACAGGAGGCUAGCCACAAAAGCGCAUAGGAAGAUAGUGCCACCGCCACCACCGCCAGCGACCCGUUUCAGUGCACGUUUACGAGCAAGGGAAACCCCAGGGUCGAACUCAAGUUCGCUGGCCAGCUUCGCUUUAUUCGGGGCGCCUGCAGUUGCAAGAUCCUUGGAUACGAGCGGAUCACCACCGCCUCCGCCCCCGGCUCCAAGGAGGGGAUUCGGAUUUGAUGCCCUGAUGGUCUGUUCUCCCGCCCACGUCUCGGAGGGGGAUAUGAUGGAGAUGGAAAGCGUAGACUCCGAUCGCUCUGUCGGGUAUACCCCUGCGUCUCCUACCGUUGCCAGUGAGACUGCCGGAGGGGCAAGUACAGUUCACAGGAUUAUCGCCUUGCAGUCGUUUGAGGGCUACUGGAUCUGGUCAACGGAGCUGAUGGAGGUCCUAGGGCUAGAUGAGCGGGAUAUUCGAGCUCGAUUGCUGAAGCUAUUCGAGAAGGAUGGCAGAGGGUCUAAUCUGACGGUCAUUGCGACCAUGCUGGUAAUGACGUACCUGUCCACCAAAUGUGCGGAUGAUCGCUCGGUCUGGGAAUUGGUGUACGACAAGGCUGAGGGGUGGAAGAGACAGAAACUGGUGGAGAUGGGCGAGGAAGCAGAUGUUCUCAAAGCGAUGGAGAAGGACAUCAUUGCCUUGGUAUGA